UGUCUCAUUUCAUUUCCCAAUCACCCAUGCCAGCAUUUCAUUCCAUUCCUUCUGCGUCUUCCCUCCCAUCAUCAUCACUCAUUCCAUUACCCUCUGUAUGCGGGGCUCACCAGGCCGCUAAUCCUGGCAGAAUUACGGAAUGCGGGGCUCACCAGGCCGCUAAUCCUGGCAGAAUUACGGAAUGCGGGGCUCACCAGGCCGCUAAUCCUGGCAGAAUGAAUGAAUGCGGGGCUCACCAGGCCGCUAAUCCUGGCAGAAUGAAUGAAUGCGGGGCUCACCAGGCCGCUAAUCCUGGCAGAAUGAAUGAAUGCGGGGCUCACCAGGCCGCUAAUCCUGGCAGAAUGAAUGAAUGCGGGGCUCACCAGGCCGCUAUUUAUCCUGGCAGAAUGAAUGAACAUUAUGAUAACAAUUAUAAGACAUAUAGUAAAUGUAUGAUGAACGAAUGCGGGGCUCACCAGGCCGCUAAUCCUGGCAGAAUGAAUGAACAUAAUGAAGACAAUGAAAUUUAUGAUGACAUACUGAAUGAAGUUGAGCAAGCAAUGAUCAUGAGCAAAGAAACUGAACAAAGAUAUGAGCAAACAGCUGAGCAAAGUGAUGAAGCAGUGAUUAUGUCAGUGCAGAAGAAUGAGUGUAUUGUGCAAUAUGCAGUAGAGAAUAUCACAGUUGAAAUGAGUGCAGAAGGUUAUGUUAAAUGGAAUAAGGUUAAAGAGAAGUGCGAUGAUAUAGAGGCAAAAGGUGAUGCUAUUGAUGAAGAGAAGGCCCAAAAUGGUGGUAUGAAGCAUGAGGAAGAUAAUCUUGACAAAGACAUGAAAGAAAAGUGUACAAAGAUAAUGGCAAGAAAGUUGAAAAAGGUCAAGAAUGCAAGUGGCGACUUGAGACUGAAGGUAAAAGAAAUGAGGAGAAAAAGACUGUUGAAGUUGACCAAGAGAAGAGUUCAUGAUCAGAGAGGUAUGAGGAGGUUGCAUGGUUACUUGAAGAUAAAGCACUGCACCAGAAAUAGUAAUGGCAGUUGUAUGCAAGAUCAGCAUGAGAAUAGAUCAAGAAAGAAACAUAUCAAAGUUAGUAGAAAGAGAAGAAGAAGAGAUAUUUGCAAGGAAUCCUAUAAUAGAAGAAGAAAUGGAAUGAGGAUUGAAUUGUGGAUGAGCAAGGAAGAAAAAGCAGUCCAUGAAAAGGUUCAAAAAAGUGCGUUCCGUGAGACUAAGCGAAGUCUUUCAUUUGUUUUGAAGAAGAUGAAAGAUGUCAGUACAGAAAACAAAAAUAAGAAAAGGCAGAGGAGUAAUGGAAAUUUUGCAAAAGUUGUGAAGGAAGAUGUGAAGCAUACAUGUGCUUCUGAAAUGAAAACACCAGAAAGGAGGCAGACAAUUCUGGACAAGAAAGUUGGGAAAUCAGUACUAAAAAGCAAAAACAGUCAGACGUGUGAUCGACACAGACAUGAUCAAACCGUCAAAGGAAAUCAGUCCAAUGAAGAGUGCUGGUUGUGUGAUCAGACUAUCAAUGUGUUUGAAAGGAAAGUGCAAUGUGAUGGUUGUAACAUUUGGUACCAUGUCAAAUGUAUGAAUUUCUUGAAGAUGGAGGAAUUGUUGGCAAACAGAGCAGUGGUAUGGAUGUGUCGUAAAUGUGGUAAGAGUACUUACUCUCAAUCUCUUUUGUAUGAUCUUGGUAUUCCAACAGAUGACAAUGUAUUUGAGAUGACUAUUGAGGAGACAUGCACUAUAGAUGAUGUAGUUCAGCAGACGUGUAUUGGAACAUGUGCACAACAUAGCAACUGGGAUGAUGAGACAAAUGAUAAAUCAACAAGGCUGUAUGGCUAGUGAAGGACGAAGUUUGCUGAAAUGUGUUUCUGAUUGGCAAGAUGUCCACAGGCUGUCAGCAAUUCAUUGUGGCCUGUGACUUUGGACAAGAUGGAGUGUGAUCCGCAACACUGCCUGCCAGGCCUCCAACACUUGAGGGUGAGUGUUGUCAUCUGCAGGCUGUCAGCAAUUCAUUGUGGCCUGUGACUUUGGACAAGAUGGAGUGUGAUCCGCAACACUGCCUGCCAGACCUCCAACACUUGAGGGCUGUCAGCAAUUCAUUGUGGCCUGUGACUUUGGACAAGAUGGAGUGUGAACCGCAACACUGCCUGCCAGACCUCCAACACUCGAGGGUGGGUGUUGUCAUCUGCGGGCUGUCAGCAAUUCAUUGUGGCCUGUGACUUUGGACAAGAUGGAGUGUGAACCACAACACUGCCUGCCAGGCCUCCAACACUCGAGGGUGGGUGUUGUCAUCUGCGGGCUGUCAGCAAUUCAUUGUGGCCUGUGACUUUGGACAAGAUGGAGUGUGAACCACAACACUGCCUGCCAGGCCUCCAACACUCGAGGGUGGGUGUUGUCAUCUGCAGGCUGUCAGCAAUUCAUUGUGGCCUGUGACUUUGGACAAGAUGGAGUGUGAACCACAACACUGCCUGCCAGGCCUCCAACACUUGAGGGUGGGUGUUGUCAUCUGCAGGCUGUCAGCAAUUCAUUGUGGCCUGUGACUGUGGACAAGAUGGAGUGUGAACCGCAACACUGCCUGCCAGGCCUCCAACACUCGAGGGUGGGUGUUGUCAUCUGCAGGCUGUCAGCAAUUCAUUGUGGCCUGUGACUUUGGACAAGAUGGAGUGUGAACCACAACACUGCCUGCCAGGCCUCCAACACUUGAGGGUGGGUGUUGUCAUCUGCAGGCUGUCAGCAAUUCAUUGUGGCCUGUGACUGUGGACAAGAUGGAGUGUGAACCGCAACACUGCCUGCCAGACCUCCAACACUUGAGGGUGGGUGUUGUCAUCUGCAGGCUGUCAGCAAUUCAUUGUGGCCUGUGACUUUGGACAAGAUGGAGUGUGAAACGCAACACUCCCUGCCAGGCCUCCAACACUCGAGGGU